AUGGGGGUCCUCACGACAGCAGAGAAAAUGAAAGCGAGAAAGGUUGACCGGAUCAGCAGCCUCCCCGAUGGCGUCCUGGGCGACAUCGUGUCCCUUCUCCCCACCAAAGACGGCGCCCGCACGCAGCUGCUCUCCUCCCGGUGGCGCCACCUAUGGCGCUCCGCUCCUCUCAACCUCCACCUCCACGACGACGACGACGACGACCCAUUGGGCCCCAGAUUCCGUGCCAGCGAGGUCUCCCGCAUCCUCUCUGCGCACCCUGGCCCCUGCCGCCGCUUCGCCAUGUCUUUUCGCUACGCGAGCUACCAUUAUCCCACCACGGCGGCCGUGGAUGCCUGGCUCCGUUCCCCCGCCCUCGAUGACCUGCAGGAGCUCCUCCUGUUCUACCACUACCCUCGGCUUCCGCUGCCGCCAUCACUACGCCGCUUCUCGUCGACGCUCCGUGCCGCUAGCUUCGGUGAUUGUAGUUUCCCAGAUGGAAACAACAGCAAUGGCGGCGGCGCGCUGCUCUUGCCAGUUCUCGAGAGCCUGACCCUCUCCAACGUCAGCAUCUCCGGGAGCGCUCUGCGUGCGUUGCUCGCCGGCUGCCCUGUCCUGCAGAGCUUCCUGCUCAUUGGCACCACCUACGUCUCCUCUCGGUUGCAGAUCGUGUCCCCUAGCCUCAGAAGCAUCAAGGUGUCUUCUUAUUGGAGAAGCCUCGAGCUCGUCAUCGAGGACGCACCGUGUCUGGAAAGAAUACAUUUACAGUGUAAAGAGAAAACGCAUAUGAACAUCUCGGUAAUCUCCGCGCCAAGGUUGGCGAUUUUGGGGGAACUCUGUGACAACACUCCUAGCCUUCAGUUUGGCACCACACUUCUUCAGGGAUCGACUGUUGUUACCAUGGCGGAUGCAGUAAACAGUGUGAAGGUUCUAUCUUUAUCUAGGGUGAAACUCUGUUUGGAUGCGGCUAUUAACUUACUGAAGUGCUUCCCCCACUUAGAGAAGUUGCACAUCAAGGUGACUCCCUGCAGCACCAUGGCCAAAGUGUGCAUGAAUCUACAUGUUUGA